CAUGAGGCGAGGUAGUCGUCGGCCGCGUUCCGUUUUUGCUGUGUACAAUAUUAUGUUUUAAAAUAUUUUAUUAUGUCUAAGUGCCUGAAGUACCUAUAUUAUAUUAUGUUAUAGGUACGUGUUGUAGUGUUUGGUGGUGUAACCUGAAAUGCGCGGUCAGGUCCGGUAACAAUUUUCGUCGGAUUUUCUGAACAGAAUUUUACGCCGUCACCACCCACUCCCACCGAAUUAUUAACAUUCCAGCGCACGUCCGAAAAACAUUUUACACGAACGGUAGUCCGAUUUGCGUACGGGUAGGUAGGUAGGUAUACUCCACUCUAUAAUUUAAUGAUCGAUAGAGGUAAUAAGGUUUAAAACGUUUCGUACCUCUAUAUAGUCGUUUCGAAGUCACGGUGGCGGAUACAAUAUUAUCAUAAUAAUAACGUCGUCUGACGUCUAUGGUCUAUACCACCCGUACCCGUUAUAUUAACAUUAUACAUAAUAUAUCUAUAUAGGUACCUUAUAAUAUAUUAAUAUGUAAAUACUAAAUUGUAAGUACAUAAUAAUAAUACGAUAUUACUAUAGGUAUAGUAUAUUGUAUAUAUUUGUAUAAACGCCACCGCUUGUGCGUGCACAGAUACCGAUUUCACGUCGUCGCCUUAACCCUUUUUUUCCCUCUCCUACCCGCCGUCUACACCGAGGUCUCCGCACGGGCGCCUACUAUUCCUUUGACCCUGCCGCCACCGAGUGCUGCUCGGCGCAAACCAGAACAUUUAAUCAAUAACAAGAUAAGGUGUAGUCUGCACCGCUAUCACGUUGUGAUAAAACCGCCACUGCAGCUUCUUAUUAACAAUAUAAUAAUACCUAUAUUAAUAUGGUAUACAAUUUUACUAUAAAUUAUAAUGUAAUGAAACAUCACAAUAUUAUAAUAAAAAAAUAUUAUAAACCACUGCCGCGGUAGGUAAUGAAUAUCCAUGCAACGAUGAUAAGAAUAAGCGGGUUUUUGUCGACGAGAAAAGAAUCAUAGGUAAUAUUAUUUUUGUUGUCGUAGCGUCUCUACGGUAUCAAGGCGUACGCAAUACGGGAAGUUAUCGUCCUCGAAUUUGCAGUCACGGGACGCACACGAGCGCGGGCGCGCACGCGCGAAAGGCGUGUGCGCUGGGCGAAUGUCGCGUGCCACCGCCGCCGCCGCCACUGUCGAUAGUGAUAAUGCACCGCGGGUUUUGAGAGGUUCUUCGUCGCGGACGAUGAUCGGAUGAAGUUCAUUUCGUUUUGUUGGCUUGACUCUAAUAAUUAUUGUUGAUGUUGUGAAAUAUCGCCAUCUAACGAUCGGUGAAAUGAACGUUCCUGCCACCCGCGGACGCCGCCGGUCCGUCGUCGUCAAGUUCGUCAUCAUGUCUCGGUCCGGAUCCGCUGCAGGAGGCGAGCAGGAACAGUAAUGUCAAGCGUCAGAAAAACCAAGUUUGUGAUUGUCAACGACUACACCUAAGUCAGUCCCCAUGGUGGUGGCCGACAGUGCUAUGUUGUCAACAGCUAAGGAGGAGUUGUCGUCCGCGGCGGACGUGUAUCAGCCGCAUGUCAACGUGGAUGGUAUACCGCCACUGCCAACGGCACUAGCACACCCAUCUACAUUCCCAGGCAGUCCCAUGACAGCCAAGAAGCAGGCUCUCAAGUCAUUCGGCGACAUCCAGAGCCUCCUUGCGGCAGGCUACCAAAAGGAUGUCAAAAAGAUACUGCGGGACAAUUGCUGGCCGACCAACCAUCCUAUCAGAGCUCAACUGUGGCCAGCACUUUGCAGACAACACGCAUCCGAAAACAGUAACAACAUGCAAGAGGGAUUCUAUUGGGAUCUUGUACGACAAUUGUUUGGGUCUACUGAUCUUCCAGAUAAACCAAUUAUUUUACCGACAUUUGUUGAGUCAAAACACAGACAUUUACAUCAUCUUGAUUCAACAGGCAAGAAUAUUACUGACAGAAUUGUUUGCGUGCUGGGGUUUGCUUGUCCAGAUAUCACUUAUAGCCCUGCUAUAUAUUCGUUAACAUCAUUGUUGCUACACUUUAUGCCUGAAGAGGAAUGCUAUAAUAGUUUAACAAGCUUAGUUUCGUCCAAGAACUUAGUAUUUGUAACACAAACAAAAUUAUUGUAUGAAGUCACAUGGAAAACUGUAUUAAAUAUAUGUAGAAAACAUGUUAAAUCUGCUGCUGGGCAUAUUGGGAAACAUUGUCCAAUAAAAAAAUCAGAAAAAAUGUACAUGGAUUGGAUUUGGUGGAUAUUUCAAGGACUACCAUUUCAUCAUGCAGUUCGAGUUAUGGAUUGUUAUCUUCACGAAGGCAUAAAAGUGUUGUAUCGUAUUUCAAUGGCUAUCUUGCAACUUUUUUACAAAUACUCAACUACAAGUAAUUCUAUUUGGGCUGAAGAAAUAAAUAGUCAUGGAGUAGAUGUAGCUUUAAUGAAUUUUUGUCGUCAAAUGCCGGCAAAUCCACAAAAAGUACUUAAAACAGCAUUUAAAAUUCGAGGUUUAAGUUCAGCUUAUAUUCAUAGAGUUUUUGUAAAAACUGAGAUGAUAUUGAAGAGUAAAGCUGUUUUAUCUGGUUCCAACAAACUAAACCGUUCCUGUUCUAGUGAAAAUUUACCUACUAGUCAAUCUCAAAUGAAUAUUCAGAUGUCCUCACAUACACUUACUAUACGUGAGCUUUUUACAUUAUGGUCUUGGUUGCCGGUGAGGAUAACAAUGUACCAACCAAUACUUCUUUAUACAACUGAAGAGCAUGGCUGUAGUUUGACUACAUUUUAUGUUAGAGUUGAACAUCAUGAACCAACACUUCUACUAAUAAAAACUUGCACUGAUGAAGUUUUUGGUGCAUAUUGUUCUUCAAAGUGGAUUGAGAGAAACAAAAAGGAUGAUCGCGGAAAUAGACAAGCUUAUUUUGGUACUGGUGAGACAUUCAUAUUCAGUCUGUAUCCGGGUAAGGCAAAAUACCCAUGGGUUGGAAUGGAAGUUGAUAAUGUACAUCAUGCCAAUGAGCUGUUUAUGGCUGCUGAUCAAAAAAUGAUUACUAUUGGUGGAGGUGAUGGUCAAGCUAUAUGGAUGGAUGAAAACGUUCGAUAUGGAAAAACUGAGAGUUGUUCUACAUUCAACAAUCCUCCAUUGUGUAAAAGUCGUGACUUUGAAAUAAAAGUCUUGGAAGUCUAUGGUUUUGAUGGCGUGAUUCUUUAAAGCAAGUAACUAUUCAACUCAAGUGAUAAGUCUACUAGUCAUAUUUAUUUAUUUUUUAUUUAUAUAUUAUACUCAUGGUUACUUAUUUAGUAAGUAAGAAUAAGCAAUUUAUGUAAUACUAAAUCCAUGGCAAUUACAGAAUAUUUGUUCCUGGAUUUUUAUAAUAGGUACUUACUACUUAAUUAAUAAUUGUAACAUGUUUUGAAGUUGCAUGAGUACUCAAAUUUAACUAACAAAUUUGAUCCAAGUUUGAAUUAUUUUUUAUUAAUAAGUAUUUAAGUAUGCAUAAUAGUUUUAGUACUUAAAGUUUUAGUACAAAUUUUUUUUUUUAAAUAUUAAAUUAUUUCAAUUAUCAAAAUAUUACUAUCAUAGUAUUAUAUGGUAUAUAUAUUUUUUUAUUGCAAUAAAAUAAUUAUUCCUUACGUAUUCAUUGCUCGACACAGUUGGAUUUAUUAUACUUUUUACAAAUAAUUAUUCUGUUCCUGAAUAUAAUAUUGAGUACAGUAAUUAAUUCUAAAUAAAAAAAUAUGAGUAUGUGUGCAACUUAAAUAUUUAUCAAAUAUUAUUCUAUUUCAUAUAAGUGAUAAAUACAGCCUGUUUCAGAAACAAAAAGCAUAAUAUUAGACCAAAGAAAUUUUUGCUCUUGAGUAAAUAACCAAUGUAUUAAUUUAUUAUACUAGUAUUUUAUUUAAAAAUAAUUAAUUGUGGAUUAUAGACUUGAUUGAUUUGUUCAUAAUUUGGGAGUUAAUAUUUAAGUGAUUUAUACUAAUUAUAAUUUAAAAAAAAUCUAUUGGUUGGAUUUUUAUCUAGCCAUGUUUUACAUUACAAUAUCUCUAAAUGUGUUCAAAAAUUUUUAAUUCUAAUCUUAAGACAUAUUGCCCAUUAAAUAAUUGAGUAGAACAAUAAAUCUUAUAAUAUGUUCCUGAAUACAUUAUUUUUUUUUUUUUUUGGCAUUUUAUUCAUUACAGGCUGUAUAUAAAAAAGUAAAGUCAAUAAAAAUUUUUGUAAUUGAUAGCUUAUUAUAUUUAUUAAAAACUAAAAAGUGUAAUUAAUUAUUACUAAGUGUGUGUGUAUAUUGUAAAAAUGUAUACAAUAGAAAAUGAUGAAUUAGUGUUGAACUACUAGUACAGUAUACUGUUAACUCAUUAUAAUUUUUAAAUUAAGAAUAAUUAUUUUCUGUUAGAUAUAAUAGUUAUAAUUACCAUAUUAUUGGUAUCGGAACACCAAGUAAAUCGCCUCUUCAUUAUUAUAUAGUAACAUUUUAUAAUUACAUUUCUAUGAUUCCUAUUAUAUUUUUUAAGGUACAUAUUUCAUCUAUAUAUAUUUGUAAUUGGUUUUUUAAAUGUUAAUAUAAUUCAUAUUUUAUCAAAAUAUAUAUAGAAGAGCUCUAAGUCUCUAAAUUUAUUGGUGAUUUAUUAAACAUAAUGGGUCGAUACUAAUAUACUUCAAUUUGAUCACUUGUGUGUUCAUUAUUUGUAGGCAUACAACAUUCAUAUUAGCAUGUGAAGCAUUUUUAAUCUACUACUUUGAGUAUAAUAUUCAAAUUGCUUUUUCAAAUUUACUAUUUUAUUAGUUUGAAAUUUUAAGUACUGUGUUCACUAGUUUUACAAUUCAGUUAAGUUUCGAGUCAAACAUUAGAAUGAUGAUUCGACAUUGGAUUGCACUUAAUUCUAAACUAUUUAACUAAUAUUUAACUAGUACUUUAAAAAUGAGUUCAUAUUUAUAUGUUAUAAAAUUUGUUUUGAACAAAAUGUUAUUUGCAUAGGUCAUUUAGUAUAAGUAUGUAAGCGUGGUCUUAUUCUAAUUAUUAUUAAACCAUUCGUUAAAUAUUGAAAGUUAGUUUUCAAAUUGUUUUAAUACAUAAUUACAUAUAUAAUACAUUAGGCAUUAUGAUUUUUUCGGCUAUUUUAUUGUUACCAAGUUAAUUCCAAUUUUAUAUUUAUAUAUCAAUAUCAUAAUGGAUUAAAUAGUAUGUUUGAAAUAUCAUGUUAGAAUGUGAUAUAAUUUAUAUCAAGUGUGAAAAAAAUUAUACUACUAAUGUUAUAAAAUUGCAUUUUGCAUAUUAUAUUAAAUUAUUAUUAUUAUUCUUAUACGCUUAGACUGCUAUUAUAUUCAUAGAAUAGUGAUAUAAUAAAUAUAUAAUAUGUAUACUUUACAAUAUAUUAUACAUAUUUAUUAUAGUUGUUAUAAUUUAAAUACAUAAUAGAUGUUAAAUUUUCCCAUCGAGCUUUUAGUUGUUUAAACUAUACAUACUUAUUGACAAGAGCAUUUUAUGCGCACUCUCUUGUCAGUACUAUGUUAAUUAAUUUUGUUAAGUUUUUUUUUAUUAUGAAGUGUACACAUCGAUAGCUUUAUAAUAUUAUGUUUAAUUGUUAAACAUUUAUAGUAUACCUUUGUUGUUUUUUUUUUUUUUUUGUGUAAAAUAUGUUUAGUCUCUUGUAAAAUCGACGCAACGAAAUCUCAACCUUUUUAAAUUUUAAAUUUUUAUAUACGUUUUGUUAUAACUAUAAUUAAGAUUGCAAUAACAUGUCUAAUAUUAUUAUUUUGUUAAGAAAUAAAAUUGUUGGUUACCUAUAAACACAAUUUAAAAAUUUACUUUGUUGCGUCUUCUUUACCAGAGACUUCCAUUAGUUCCAACCGUAUUGUUAUAAUCUGUACAGUAGGGACAUUUUUAAAAUUUGUUUUUUAUUACUAUUAUUAUUAUUAUUAUUAUUAUUAUGAUUAUUAUUUUUAAUAUUAUUAAUGUUUUUGAAGUCUAGUCAACUCUUUAAGUGGUGUGUCUUUAAUUCCGCCCAUUUUAUUAUAUCCCACUCAGCGAUACAAUGUUGUUACCUUUUAAUUGUUUUAUAUAUAUCGUCGCCAUCUGUGAUAUAACAUCCAUAUUAUAAUAUAUUAUGUUUCUCCCCUCCAAUUGUCCCCUAUUUUUUACUUGAAAGUUUUUACUAUAUUAAUUUGAUUAUAGAGAGUGGGCUUUACUUGAUUUUGGAUAAAUAUCACAUUAUAGUAGAAACUAAAAUUAAUGUGUUAUAUGUCCAUUCAGUAAAUAAUUUUUAUUAUGUACCUCUCCCCACCAUUGACCAACUAUUAUACGUGUCAUUGCUAUUUAUUUCAUAUUGCUAUACUUAGCAUCUUACUGUACAUUUUUGUUACAAUUCACUAUAAUAUGUUAUUUAUAUUAUAUUAAAGAUGUUUUUUUUUUUAGAUUUGUUACCAAUUUAGUAUUAUUAUAGACAUUUUAAUACCUUUAUACGCAUACAUAAUAAUAUAGAAUCUGUACAUAACAUUAGGCUGUGUACUUUUUGAAAUGUGUGAGUUAGACCACUAUGUAUUCAAACUAAAUAAAAAUACAUUUUGAUUAACAGUA